AUGUGGAACAAAUUAAGAGAGCUUGCAGAAAAGUUGGAGGGUCUUCCUUGGCUAGUGGGAGGUGAUUUCAAUAUAUAUGUUUCGGAAGAGGAGAAGCAGGGAAGUGUAAGGAGGCAUGGUAGGAAAGCUAGAGAAAUGAUGGAUUUCGCAGAAACUAUCAGUGACUGCCAACUCUUAGAUGUGGGGGCGGACGGUCCAAAAUUUACAUGGGCAAGAGGAGUUAUUAUGGAAAGGUUAGACAGGGUGCUUAUAAGUCAAGGGUGGGCGAAUUUGUUUGAAGCCACAAGAGUUUCAAAUCUGCCUAGAGUUCAAUCCGAUCAUUGCCCGCUGCUUAUAUGUUGUAAGUCCCUGGGGCUAAGAGGCAGACCUUCCUUUCGCUUCCAAAACAUGUGGGUGAGGCACCAUUUAUUCUUGCAUGAAGUGGAUAGAUGCUGGAGAGAGGACACAGGGACAAAGGGAAUGAUUAAUGUACAGAUAAAGUUGAGCCGGCUGAAGAGAAGCUUGAAAAUUUGGAAUAGGGUAGUGUUUGGCAAUAUCUUUGAGAGCAUUAAGAAAGCUGAAAUGGAGGCUAAAAAAGCGAUGGAGAAUUAUGAGCAGAACCCAUCCCCGGCCCUUCGGUCUGAAAUGAAUAGAUCUUUGGCUGAUCUGCUUUUAAAAAUCAAAAUGGAGGACGACUUCUGGCGACAGAAGACUGCUCUGAAAUGGGUGGCAGAGGGAGAGCGAAAUACUAAGUUCUUUCAUGGUUGGGUGAAGCAAAAAAGGGUGAAGUCGAGAAUACAUAUGAUUGAGGAAGGGGAGCAGACACUAACUGAGGAGGUGGAUAUCAGAAAUUUGGCUGAAUCCUUCUUCAAGAACCUACUCUCGGAAGAUGUAGAACCACUGGGGGAGCCUGACCUGGAUAUUCUUGCGACACUUCCAAAUCAUGUCAAUAUGGAACAGUUAGUGGAGGCUCCAACAGCAGAGGAGGUCCGACAAUCUGUUUUGGUAUUAGAGCAGAGAGUGCGGCUGGCCCGGAUGGUUACUCAGCUUUAUUCUUUCAAGCCUGCUGGCCCAUCAUUGGAGAGGAUGUGGUCGAGGCAGUGCAGGAUUUCUUUGAAGGCUCUCAAAUGCCAAGGGGUAUUGCGGCUACUUUGA